AUGAUAUAAUUAUCAUGGGCAGAUGUUAUACUAAGUUCCUUUGGAGGACUGCUUAUAAGCUUAAGUACAUCAUUCCAUCUUCUAACAAAAGGUCGAGUAACCGGUUUUUCAGUAUGGUACAAUACCUAAAUAUUUGAUGACCCAAAAUUGAUGAUUUCUCGUCUUAAUUAUAUAGGCUACGGUCUAUCUGGAUUUUUAGUAGGUUUAGGUACUAAAUUAAGCAAUGGCUGUACAAGCGGACAUGGAGUUUGUGGUUUACCUCGUUUUUCAAUAAGAAGUUGGGUAUCUGUGGAUUAACUUCUGGAAAUAUUAAUAGGACUUUUAACAGGUAUUUUGUUUGCUUUAGGACUCGGCUUUGGAGGGAUGCUUAGAAGGUCUAAAAUUAACGGUUUUUUAUCUCUAUAAGAAAACUGGGAUCCUUCUUUGAUGUUUUUAUUAUGCUUUGCAGUCGGAGGAAACAUGAUUACUUUUUAUUUUAUAUAAAAAAAAAAAAAACCUUUAUAUUCUGAUAGAUUCUAUAUAACCACAAAUAAAUAAAUAGAUCUUAAAUUAAUUAUGGGUUCUUUUAUUUUCGGUAUAGGAUGGGGAAUAGGAAGCUUAUGUCCAGGUCCAGCUUUGGCUCUUUUUUCGAUUUUUAGUAUUUAAAUUAGUGUUGUUUGGAUUUGUUUUUUGGCUCUAGGGUAGCUUAUUGUGGGUUUUGGUGAUAUUUAUUUAAAAGUGAUUCGUCAAAAAAUAAAAAUAAUAGGAAUUAAUGAUAACGUUAAAAAAUAAUAAAAUUAAUAAUUCUAAGCAAAUGAUAUUAUAGCAGAAGAUUUGAUAUAUUAAAAUACAAAUAAUAAUGAGAAAACAAAAUGA